AUGUCAUCGAAGUCAAUAUUAGGGUUGAACAAGUUCAAUAAUAAAGAAAUCAAAGUAAAAUUGUGUGGUGGAAGGGAAGUGGUUGGAAUAUUGCGUGGAUUUGAUGCGGUUACAAAUCUCGUUUUAGAUGAAACGGUUGAAUAUAUGUUCGAUAAAGAUGAAUUACCUUCGUUCACUGAUCAAAAGCGGAGUUUGGGCCUAUUAGUGAUUAGGGGUGCUUCUGUCUUAAUGAUUUGCCCUAGCGAUGGAAGUGAAGUAAUAGAUAACCCAUACUGUAAUCCAUAA